AUAUAAAUCACAAUCAAAUCGAAAAUAUUAAAAAGAAACAAAAUGGCCACUACCACGGAUGAGAGCGAAGACAAAAAACAAAUUUUCUCUUGGAUUAAAAAUCUUUGCUGUAAAGAUCUACGUUACGAUGCCCUACGAGAAUUGGCCCUACGUUCGAGCUUAAAUUUUGAAAUGGGUAUUAUUUUGUGGCACUCAUUUGGCACAGUUGCAGCACUCUUGCAGGAGAUAACCAGUUCGUAUGCAGCUGUAUGGUCUGGCAGCUUAACCUGGAAUGAUUCAAAUCGCCUGUGCUGGGCCAUUAGCUUGAUUCAGUCUAUAGCUGGUCAUCCGGAGACCCAAAAACCGUUUUUGAGCUCUGAAAUUAUAAGCUUUCUGUUACCCAUUUUGGAUGUGAAGGUUCAAACGGAGCCCGUCACACAUGUCAAAUUGGCUGUGCUAGGUGUAGUUGGUGGUUUGGUAAAGACGCCUUCAAAAGAGGUGAUAUCCUUCCUUCUGGAAUCGGCUAAUAUAUUGUCCAUCAUUGCCGAUUAUCUUUCUCUGGGAUCGAAACUAACACAACUAAUUACGGCUUAUAUCUUAAGUCGUAUGCUGGAGCACGAUGUUACUUUGGAACAUCUUCAUGGGAAUCGAAAAGCUUCCUUUAAACUUGUUUAUGCCAUGUAUAAAGUAGUCGAUCAGUUGUCUACAGAUCCAGAAGCUGAUUCGCGUAUUUUAGACAACAUUGUGACUUGCUAUAAACGAUUAACACAAGAUGAAUUUGCCAAGUUUAUGCUAAACAAUGGACUCACGCCAGACCAGCUUCGCAAAGAUAUUAUGGGUUCCGAUGAACCUACAACCAUUGGGGACCAUUGAUGGGAUAAGAUAAAGCUACCACUGUAGAUCGAAUCAAACAAAAUCUUGAUUAGUACAAAUAUAUGUAACGGCCAAAUGUAUUAAAGCUCAAAAUACCAGAAAAUACUAAAAUUUGAGAAAAAGAACAUAUAAAAUGUUUAAUGUGAUGUAUUUUAGGUAAAUAUAUAAUAAAUUUAUAUAAAAGGAA